CGGAGCGCCGGGAGGAACCGCAGCGCGCUCCGCGCCGCCGCUCCGGGGAGGGGGUGCCGCUGCGGCGGGACCGGGGGAGACGAGGGCUGGGAACGGAGUGCGGCGGAGAGGGACGAGCGCGGCCGGAGCCCGCGGGCACGCGGGAAGUUGGGGGCAGAGCGGAGCGGAGCCCUCGCUGCCGCCGGAGCCGCCGCCUCUUGCCCCUUAUUUCCGAGUGCGGGGAGGACCGCUGUGCAGCUGCCCUCCGCGGCGCACACGCAACUUCUGGAGCUAAGAAUGACCGCAUUGUCAACUCGUGGGGGUGCUCGGUAGAACUUUUCUUGAAAGGAUGGUGUUAUGAUUUGAAGAGGCCUUUCGUGUGAAGAUUUUCGGGAUUUGAAAGCAAUGCGAAAUGAGGCAGUUUCUGGAACUGCGGCCUUUACGGUGGUGAUCAGCCGGUUUAAUUCAGUAACGCUUUUCCCAGGCUUGCACAGACAGGCACAUUCUGGGAUGAAGGGUAGGGACGGCAAUGAAAAAGAUUUGCCUUGGCUCUCUGAAAUUACUGCCUUUAGAAGAAAGAGUGAGCGUUAAAAGACCAAACAGACCCUGGGGGAAUAGUGGUAAACCGUACAGAGGAACAGAGGAGUGCACUGUGGAAUGGGAGGGAGAGUUCAUUUCCUGAAGUGGACUUAGAAAGGUGGUAAGGAAAAGGCUUUCUAGCACAGAGCUGCCGGAGAUGAGACAUGGAAGCGCUUAUUGCUUGCAGAACCUAUACAAGAUCGAUACGGUUGGCGAAAGAUGUGGAUUUGAUAUUGUGAUUACAGUUUUUGAUCAGUAGAGAGAUGUAAUCACAACUGUGUUUUGAAGAAGCCCCUCCUGGUAUUAAAGGCACUCGUCCACCCCAUUUUACAGGUAUCUUUCAGAUGAAGGCAUUGAAGCUUGCACAAGCUCUCCUGACAAAGUCAAUGUAAAUGACAUCAUCCUGAUUGCUCUCAAUACAGAUCUGAGAACAAUUGGCAAGAAAUUCCUCCCCGCUGACAUCAAUAGUGGAAAGGUAGAAAAGCUUGAAGGUCCAUGUGUUUUGCAAAUUCAAAAAAUUCGCAAUGUUGCUGCACCAAAGGAUAACGAAGAAUCUCAGGCUGCACCAAGGAUGCUGCGAUUGCAGAUGACUGAUGGUCAUAUAAGUUGCACAGCAGUAGAAUUUAGUUAUAUGUCAAAAAUAAGCCUGAACACACCACCUGGAACUAAAGUUAAGCUGUCAGGCAUUGUUGACAUAAAAAAUGGAUUCCUGCUUUUGAAUGACUCUAACACCACAGUUCUUGGUGGUGAAGUGGAACACCUUAUUGAGAAAUGGGAGUUACAGAGAAGCUUAUCAAAACACAAUAGAAGCAAUAUUGGAACUGAAGGUGGACCACCUCCUUUUGUGCCUUUUGGACAGAAGUGUGUAUCUCAUGUCCAAGUGGAUAGCAGAGAACUUGAUCGAAGAAAAACAUUGCAAGUUACAAUGCCUGUCAAACCUACAAAUGAUAAUGAUGAAUUUGAAAAGCAAAGGACUGCUGCUAUUGCUGAAGUUGCAAAGAGCAAAGAAACGAAGACAUUUGGAGGAGGUGGUGGUGGUGCUAGAAGUAAUCUCAAUACCAAUGCUGCUGGUAACCGAAAUAGGGAAGUUUUACAGAAAGAAAAGCCAACCAAAUCAGAGGGAAAACAUGAAGGUGUCUAUAGAGAACUGGUUGAUGAGAAAGCUCUGAGGCACAUAACGGAAAUGGGCUUCAGUAAGGAUGCAUCGAGGCAAGCUCUUAUGGAUAAUGGCAACAACUUAGAAGCAGCAUUGAACGUACUUCUUAACAGCAAUAAACAGAAACCUGUUAUUGGUCCUCCUCUGAGAGGUAGAGGAAAAGGCAGGGGGCGAAUAAGAUCUGAAGAUGAAGAGGAUCUGGGAAAUGCAAGGCCAUCAGCACCAAGCACAUUAUUUGAUUUCUUGGAAUCUAAAAUGGGAACUUUGAAUGUGGAAGAACCUAAAUCACAGCCACAGCAGCUUCAUCAGGGACAAUACAGAUCAUCAAAUACUGAGCAAAAUGGAAUAAAAGAUAUUAAUCAACUGAGAUUUCUUCCUCGAAAUGAUACCAGGCAGCCAAGAAAUGAAAAACCGCCGCGUUUUCAAAGAGACUCCCAAAAUUCAAAGUCAGUUUUAGAAGGCAGUGGAUUACCUAGAAAUAGAGGUUCUGAAAGACCAAGUACUUCUUCCGCAUCUGAAUUAUGGGCUGAAGACAGAAUCAAAUGUGAUAGACCAUAUUCUAGAUAUGACAGAACUAAAGAUACUUCGUAUCCUUUACGUUCUCAGCAUAGUGAUGGUGCUUUUAAAAAAAGAGAUAACUCUAUGCAAAGCAGAUCAGGAAAAGGUCCCUCCUAUGCAGAUGCAAAAGAAAAUCCACUUCCUCAAGAAUCUAUAGAUUAUAAUAAUCAAAAACGUGGAAAAAGAGAAAACCAAACAUCUAAUCCUGAUCAUUUUUAUGACAGGAAAUCACGAACAAUAAAUAAUGAAGCUUUCAGUGGUCUAAAAAUUGAAAAACAUUUUAAUGUAAAUACUGAUUAUCAGAAUCCAGUUCGAAGUAAUAGUUUCAUUGGUGUUCCAAAUGGAGAGGUAGAAAUGCCACUGAAAGGAAGACGAAUAGGACCUAUUAAGCCAGCAGGACCUAUCACAGCUAUACCCUAUGAUGAUAAAGUAUUUUACAAUAGUGGGCCCAAAAGAAGAUCUGGGCCAAUUAAGCCAGAAAAAAUACUAGAAUCAUCUAUUCCUAUGGAGUAUGCAAAAAUGUGGAAACCUGGAGAUGAAUGUUUUGCACUUUAUUGGGAAGACAACAAGUUUUACCGGGCAGAAGUUGAAGCCCUUCAUUCUUCAGGUAUGACAGCAGUUGUUAAAUUCAUUGACUACGGAAACUAUGAAGAGGUGCUACUGAGCAAUAUCAAGCCCAUUCAGACAGAGGCAUGGGAGGAAGAAGGCACAUACGACCAGACUCUGGAGUUCCGUAGGGGAGGUGAUGGCCAGCCAAGACGAUCCACUCGGCCAACCCAGCAGUUUUACCAACCACCCCGGGCUCGGAACUAACAGGAAAAGUAGAGUCUUUGUGAAGAAACGAGCCGGUGACUGAAACAACCUGGUUGAAACCUGUUGACCUUCCACUUUCUCUUCAGAAUAAGUAGCACCUGUGGUGGAUGUUAUUAUUUGAAGAAAGAAAAAAGCAGAUUUUAGGGUGGAAAAAACAUUCAACUCACACAAAGAAUGGGGAAGGAUACUGAGUUAAAUAAAGCAAAUACCUUUUACAAGUGAAAGGAAGAAUUUCUUCUGCCAUCAAUAAAACCAUUGUGCUAUUAUUGUU